CAUCACAACUACAUUAGAUAGAUAAUGCUACUUCAUCCCUCUUAGAACUUUGGUCUUUAUCAAUAUGGGGGGUGUAGAGCUUUCUUACUGUGUAGUGGAAAGGAAAGCUUGUGUUGGGUGGGUUAACAAGUAUUUUAAGGAUUGUCUUUGCAACCUUAACGAUGAAAUCUCGUUUGUCGUGGGAAUCAUUAGUCUAAUCUGUUGGGGGGUAGCAGAAAUCCCUCAGAUUGUUACCAACUUCAAGAACAAGUCUUCCAGUGGCGUCUCUCUUGCAUUUCUCUGCACUUGGAUCCUUGGAGAUGUUUUCAAUCUUGUUGGGUGCGUUCUCGAGCCUGCUACGCUGCCCACACAGUUCUUUACUGCACUGCUGUAUACAGCAACAACAGUAGUUUUGGUGUUGCAGGCCAUAUACUAUGAUCAUUUCCUCCCAUGGUGGAAGUGCCGAGACAAGAACACCAUUCUGGUUAAGGAUAAUGAGAGAGAGGCUUUGAAACAAAGGUCACGACAUCAUCGUACUGCUCCUGCGGUUGAGGUCCCCUGCCAGACACAUUACUAUUUUACGUCGGCGAGAACUUUGGCAAGCAGUGAUACUCCAACGUACUGCUACAUAAUGGCCAGAAGCGGCCCUCCUGCUCUGCAAUACGACGCCGAUUCAUCUUCUGAAGAUGAAACGGUGCCGUUAUCUUCCUCGCAGAAGCCCGUUUCCCAGCCAAGAUCAAUUCCUCGCGCUACGGCGUAUGGCACAUUUCUAGCUGCUGCAGCUCAUUUUCCGGUGGGUGGCAAGUCUCUGAUUAUGGAGGCACAGACGAAGUUCGCCGGAAGGAGGUUAUUACAGGAACAUGAAUUUGACAGCAGUGUUGCUGGGCAAUGGUUGGGGUGGCUGAUGGCUGCUAUAUAUAUGGGAGGAAGAGUCCCCCAGAUUUGGUUGAAUAUUAAAAGAGGAAGUGUUGAGGGACUUAAUCCUCUCAUGUUCGUCUUCGUCCUCAUUGCCAAUGCCACAUAUGUUGGAAGUAUAUUGGUGAGAAGCACAGAAUGGGAGAAGAUGAAGGCAAACAUGCCAUGGUUGCUAGAUGCAGUGGCCUGUGUGGUGCUGGAUCUUUUUAUCAUUCUUCAAUACCUUUACUACACCCACAAGAAGAUUAAGAAGAGACAACAAACACAGAGUUGAAGACUAGUUCCCUUUUCAGUGUUGGCUACAACAAGGAUCAAAGUUUGAUUUAGGUAGUUGAAUGUUCUGUUGUGUGCUGUACAUUCUGCAAUUAUUUAACCAAUCCCAUCUGUAUUGUUGGCUUAUUCUCUUUACCAAAUCAUUGGCAUAUAAAAUAAAGACCACCAAGUUACUACUUACCAUUACAAAGCAACUUACAUGGAUACUUCAAUUGAUUCUCGGGUGACAGGCCUGGCAACUACAAUGUGGAGUUUCACCCUCUUAUGGGGGUGAUGAUUCCUUGUGGGCACCAUGCACUGGUCCUUUCACCUAAUGCCAUUUGUGGGCAAGGAAUGCAAAGAAUCCAAAUGAAAAUCAAAAGUGAUAUGUGUUCCCCAUUGAAUUGGAAUCACAAUGAUAAAGUCAAAUACACAUGACAAUUCAUAGUUGUGUGUUCAAGAGUCAAGUUCAUCAAAUACUGGGGGGCAAAAGGUUUAAUGGUGAAAUCUAUCCACUAUACACCAUUCAUCUUAAACAAGUACUAAAACAAAAGCACCUGUCGGCCCUGACGUCUAUCCCAUCUCAAGGAUAGACUAGCAACUGCAAAAUGUCAUUGAUCCAGAGCAGCAGAAAUGCCAGAAAACAUGUAGUUUUGUAUCAAGACUUCAAACUUUAUAAGGCGGAUAUAAUGCAUACACACCACAUAAAAACUCAUAAGAAUUUGAGUUUAUAGAAGGUGGAUAUCAUAAGAAUGACUAAAUUGUGGCUACAGAGGGGUUAAGCUACAGAAGGUCGAGGAGACAAAGUGGACCUACAAAAGUUUCAAAAAGUAUAACGUAUGGACAAAUUUCUCAACCAGGAGACAGACGGCAAAAAAAAAAAAAAAAAAAAAAAAAAAAAAA